AGGCAGGCAGCAGGUGAUUCAGGAUGCCCAACUUCCGCCUCCAGAUCCCGAAUAACCACUUCCACAAGCACUGGCAUGACAGUGCUGCCCACAAGGGACGCAUUGUCACUUGGCACAACCAGGCUGCUCGCAAGCACAGGCGAAGGGAAGCUCGUCUUGCCAAGGCUGUGAGUGUGUUCCCCCGCCCUGUCAACGGACUCCUCCGCCCAGUUGUCCACUGCCCUACCAUCCGCUACAACUCCAAGAAGCGCGCUGGCAAGGGCUUCACUCUGGAGGAGCUGAAGGAGGCUGGCAUUUCCCGCAAGCAGGCCCUCACCAUCGGCAUCUCUGUUGAUUUCCGCAGGAAGAACCGCUCCGAGCAGUCGCUCAAGGAGAACGUGUCGCGUCUUCAGGAGUACAAGGCGAAGUUGAUUGUCUUCCCCAGAAAGACCCGUGGAAAGCCUGUUACUGGGGAUUCAUCUAAGGAGGAGUGCGCCAAGGCUGAGCAGCUCAUCGGUGACGUUAUGCCCAUUGUUAAGCCCAAGCCAAGCAUUGUAUCAUACACUCCCACCAAGGAGGAGCUUGGAAAGGAAGUAUACAAGACGCUGCGCAAGGCAAGAGCAGACGCUGGCCUUGUUGGCAAGCGUGCGGCUCGUGCCAAGAAGAAGGCAGAGGAGGAAGCGGAGGCGGCGAAGAUGAAGGCCUAAUUUUUUGUCUCAUGGAAUACAAGAAACAAAUCCAUUCUCCGUAUGUUUAUUUCUUGGUACUUGCUAUGAGAAAAAGAAUUUCGAUUGUAAUACCAACGUCAUUCAUGUUGCUC